CACUGCGCUUCUCGUGUAAAGACCACCUCGACAGGGUGUGAUGUGAAACCAGGGUACCUCUGCUGACUACAGCCCUGUACCUAUUUUUAGCUGCGUGCAUUUAUUUCCGUUCUGGAGGAGAGAAAGAGGGGUGAGCCUGGCAUAAAGGAGGGUUGUACGGCAUUCUGUACCGGCUUUUCUUUCUCUCUUUUCCGCACAAGCACUCACGCUUUCCAAGAUGACCUCUCAGUUCAAGAUAACAGAGAAGCAGUAUAAUGACGCUAGCCAGACCUUCCACUUGUUCGAUAAGAAGGGCAAUGGCUUGGUGUCGACCAAGGACUUGGGGCAGGUCUUCAAGAGCCUUGGUCUGCAGGUGGAGGACGAAAAGCUCAAGUUCUGGGCCGACGAAGCUGACGAAGAUGCCACGGGCUUCAUCUCGUGGGAGCAGUUCAAGCCUGUGUAUGAGGUGAAGCUACGGGAGGAUGAAGAUGAGCGCGAGCUCCGCGAAGCGUUCCGAGUGCUGGACAAGGGCAACAAGGGCGUCAUCGCCGUGGAGGACCUACGCUGGAUCCUGCGGUCUCUUGGCGACGACCUCACGGACGAGGAGAUCGAGGACAUGAUAAUGGAGACCGACACAGACGGCAGCGGCACGGUAGAUUACGAAGAAUUCAGAAAUCUGAUGAAUUCAAACUGAGCACCUUUCUGACAAAACCCAGCAGGAUUCCAAGUUUGUAUAUAUAUACUACAGGAUUGCAAGUUGGUCGGUGAUCAUAAACUUUUGUUCCCUCUGCCAGUUGAAACACAGCUGAAUGGCCGGUUGUAAUGUUUAAUAGAAACUGCCCAGCAGAUCUUGUACAAGAGGCAAAAACUUCGAUGCCAUAGUAAGCAACAUAAUCUGACCUUACCAAAAUGUGGGACAGAGAGAAAGAGAAAAAGAAAAAAUACAAAGAACGAACAAGGAAGAUGGAGUAUGAGUUUUAAAAUAAGAUCAAAGAAAUCGUGAAAGCAACGCAGAUAACGAAUGAGCACAAAGGAAAGUUCAAAGAACAAUAUUUGUUUUCUCUUUCUCUCUCACUCUUCCCCUUCCGUCAUCUGUCUGAAAUGACAUGACAACUAUCUCACCCUUAGAUCUUCAUUCAUUGUGGCCAUACUUCUCACCAUUUACGAAGAAAGCAACAACAACAGUAAAAUACAUGAACAAUGUAUAUUCAGCCAAAUUCUUGUUUCCAUCAUAUUAUUUAUUACUCUGUUUUUACUAAUUUUGAUAAUUUUAUUUUAAUAAAGCCAUUUGAGUAUCUUACAAAGGUCUUCGCUCACGGGUCCUUUAUAUCGAGAAAUUCCCGACUUACUUCAUGCGCCCUUUGACCUAUGCAUGGUGUCCCUCCUGUCCGUUUUUCCCGUGUCCCUCUGUACAUGCAUGACUGCACGCAGCUCAUCUUGUACCCGACUUUUAUACUUCCUUCCCUUGUUCCUGCUUCAACCGCAUGUCGACGCGCUUUCAUACUAAAGGGAGAGCAGGUUGCUCUCACACCUCACUGGUCUUCAGGCCCUCCUCACCGGGCAAAUGUCAAAUGUUUGGUCAAAGUUGAUUGUAAAGUUGCAGGAAGCCAGCGGUUUGGAGCUAACGUUCGGGGCAAUUGAAUUUUUUUUUUUUUUGUUUUUGUUUUUUUGUUGCAAUUUUGCUUUUCAGUCCUUUUGUCGAUACAAUGCAAGUUUUGGUGGUUUCAGAUCUUUGAUUCUUUGAUGUUUUGCCCGACUGGGAAUGGCCUUUAGACCCGCCCUGAAAUUUUAAAAACCUAAUGGCUCUUCAUACUAUGAAGGCGUGGUGUUGUCCCUUGCGUACUUUUGUGUGCUGUUGUCGUCAAACAUCUAUCGUCUGGGCUGUCGUCGUUUACUCUCUAGGCCGUGGCCACGUUGUGAUGUCGUGGGUGGACUGUCUCGUCCUCGCUGUUGUUAGAUGAGGUCAGUGAACGAUUGCUAAACGUCACUUCCGCUGAGUCAUCUCUUCUUUUAUCCUUGUGCAGAGUUCUAUAAACUGAUGAUGGGCUGAGCUGAUGCUAUCGCACUCCUGGCGCAGGCUGAUCCCCCCUCUUCCGCCACGUGUCCCCCAGGACACCCCUUUAAAACCUUUGUUUGGCAAGAUGACCAGAGAAAGUGCGAGAAUCGGGAGGGGGGAAUCAGGUCAUGACAUGGCCAACCAGCUCCAUUAUAACAUUUUUUUUGUUUUUCUACUUCCGCUCCACACAUCCGCCAGCCUUCAUUAAGGCCAUGCCAUGCCCCAUGUGACAGACCUGUCCCGGCAGUUCACUAUGUCGCCAUGUGCAUGCCAUGUAUGCCAUCAAAGACAUUAAUGAAAAAUUUGACGCUGAUGCUUCAGAUGAAAAUCUAAAUCGUAGUACCCCUAAAAUAAACAAACAAAAACAAACCGCAAUAUCAUUGUUUAACACAUCAUUACAAAUAAAGCUGACAUGAGUUUGUAAAACACUUUGUUCUAGAAUGUACUUUGUGGUCUUAAAUGCCCACUACAGGCUUCUGAGUAUUUUGGCUGUUAAAGGCUCGCCAAGCUUGUAACUGUUCUCCUCACAUUCUUGUAACCUCUCUGUCGUUUCAUGCGGUGACCUUUAGCCGCCUGUAUAUGACUGCUCACAAUAUGACUUCAUAAUUCCUCGACACACCCCAUCCCAUCCCACCCCGACCCCACCCCGACCCCACCCUCUCCCCAACGUGCAUACUUGACGAUGUUAUCUGAUUCAUGUGUAUGUUGACGGUUUCAGGGGAGACCCAAUAACAAGUGUACAUAUAAUUUAUCGUCAUGCCUUUCCAGUCCAUUUGAUUGGUUUGAGCUUUUUUGUCUUUAUUUUCUAAAAGCCAGUUCUUCAUAAUCACCAAAGACUGACAUUUUUGUUGACCAAAAGCGUUUUGUUUUCAUUUAGUCUCCUGCAUUCACUUGAAAACAUAGCAGAGCACGCUCUGUCACCUCACUGAGUACCUUUGGAGUAGGAUUCAGGUGCUGUCUAAUACAAUCUUGUAAAGCUUUUAGACUGACGGUCUGCAAGUCCUAAUGUUAACACUUCACACCACUGUCAGCUAAGUACAAACAUCCAGAAUCACAUCUUAGCAAAGUUACUAAAAGGUAGCGCUUGAAUUCCUGUCGACAUAUCUAGAACAGCUAAUUCCUGUCGAAAUAACAAAUAAAUGUUAGCGGUGACUAAUGAAACCAUCACUUUGCCUGAAGGUACUGAAAACAAGCAGAGCAUGGAUCAUGAGUGGACACGUUGCUAACGCCAUUGCAAGUUUGUGUACUAAUGUUUUAAUACAGUCCAUGGCGGCACCCAACCACCGCAAGUCUUCUGGACCUUCACUAACUUGCUUCAAGUCCAAGGACAAACGAUGAACUGUGGCUUUUGAUUGGUUCACUUCUACUCUUAUCUUCUUGCUGUAUGUGGAUAGAAUGAGACGAUCAGGCUGAGUGGACUGCUCUCUUCUUGUUCGUUAUUGGUUCAAUGUUUUUGAUCGAGCCCCUUCCCCGUUCAUUUGGCUGAGGCCGUCUCUGACAUUCUUUUUGUCUGGAUGUCGGAGCUCAAAUAAACAUGGUUCAUGUUGC